AUGGUUUUAUGCGCGAUAGUCGGUUGUGGGACCCGAAGUGGGCGAGAUAAAGGUAUUCAUAUGGCAAGGAUACCUUCCAUUAUCACAAACCAAGGCGAAGAAGUGAAAAAAUUGUCUGAGKAACGUCGAAAUUCGUGGAUUUCGGCGAUUAGUAGAGAAGACCUUACCGACGCCAUUUUGGAAAGUGGUCGCGUUUGUGGAAAGCAUUUUGUUUCGGGACAACCAGCUCCUCUAAUGCAAAGAAAUCACCCAGACUGGAUACCGUCAUUGGAUUUGGGCCAUAAUAAACGUGCUUCGGGGGAAAAGUAUCUCUCAAAUUUAGAAACAGCCGAUAAACGUGAGAAGAGAGCAAGGGGCUUAGAAGCGAAGAGAGAACUUGCAAAAGAARAAGAACUCCAACGUGAGGCUGAGAGAGAAGCUAAAAGACAGAAGAAGAUAAAAGAUAUGYCAUUUAAAACAGAUUCACAAUCGAGAACCAUCGAGGCUGAGACACAAACUGAGGAGUUUGAUUUUUUAUUUCAUAACUCAAACAACAAAGCCGCACGUUAUGAUCAGAGCGAAUUUGUUAAUGACGAUGGAAAGGUGAGAUUCUACACUGGAUUGCCGACUUUUGGUAUAUUAAAAGUCGUUUAUCAGCAUGUUUCACCACAUGUUCCGAGGCGAUCACCUACUUUGUCUUCAUUUCAAGAGUUAGUACUUACUCUCAUGAAGCUAAAAUGGAACAUGCCAAUGCAAGAUUUAGCUUACCAAUUUGACAUAUCUCAAGCUACGGUAUCCAGAAUAUUUUUAGCGUGGAUGACAGCCUUAGACAUAAGACUUGCUCCAUUAAUAAAGUGGCCUGAGCGUGAAGAAUUGYGGCGUACUAKGCCUCAGUGUUUUCACUUUGCAUUUGGAAACAGAACCACAGUAAUUAUUGAUUGUUUUGAGGUUUUUAUAAAUAGACCUUYUAAUCUAAUGGCAAGAGCACAGACAUACUCUAAYUAUAAAAGCCACAACACAGUGAAAAUACUAAUUGGUGUAAGCCCCCAAGGAAGCAUCUCCUUUGUUUCAGAGGCAUGGGGUGGCAGGACAUCUGACAAGUACAUUACUGAACACUGUGGCAUCUUAAAAAAAUUGUUACCUGGUGACCUUGUUCUGGCAGACAGGGGGUUCACUAUCCAAGAAUCCUUAAUGUGCCAAAGGGCAGAACUUGCAAUGCCUGCCUUUACAAAGGGUAAAGACCAGUUGGACCCUGAGGAUGUCGAGAGAACACGGGGCAUAGCUAAUGUCCGAAUCCACGUUGAAAGAGUGAUAGGGCUUUUGAGGCGAAAAUACUUGAUUCUUUCUGGAAUACUACCUAUAGACUUUUUGAAAUCUGACCCAAACAGAUCUGAAGAGGGUAAGAAACCAAUGAUCGACAGAAUAAUAACAGUCUGUUCUGCAUUGACAAACCUUUGUCCAGGAAUUGUACCAUUCGAUUGA